AUGGUUGAAUCGAAUUCACCAGAUUCAGUUGAAUCAGAUUCUACAGAAACAACGCCGUCCUCUUCAACAAAUUCACCAACGGAAACACUUCCAACCCAGUUUUCUGCAUCACAUUUUUUUACCGAUCUACAGCAAUCUGCACCUAUAAAAUAUGUUGGAUCAUUAAUAACAGAAGAAAGAGUAGCUGGGAUAAGAGGUAUUUUCACCGAUAGAGAUGAUGAUGAAAUUGAAGAAAUUGAACAUUUUAAAUAUAAACAAGAAUUAGAAAGAAAAUUAACAGUUACUUCUGUAAUUGGGCUAGGUUUUACUGUAAUGGGAGUUCCUUUUGGAUUAAGUUCUACGUUAUGGAUAUCUUUAAUGGAUGGAGCUAAUGUAACUAUACUAUAUGGAUGGAUUAUUGUUUGUAUCAUGUCAUUAUUUGUUGUAUUAAGUCUAAGUGAAAUAAUAUCAAAAUAUCCUACUGCUGGAGGUGUAUACCAUUUUAGUGCAUUAUUAAGUCCCGAAAAAUAUUCAUUGAUAAGUUCUUGGAUUACAGGUUGGUUAUUGUUAAUUGGAAAUUGGACUUAUGCUGUGAGUAUCAUGUUUUCUGGAUCACAAUUCAUACUAAGUAUAUUCGGAUUGAAAGAUUUCGAAUACAAAGAAGAUAGAUUUUUUGUAUUAGGAGUUUAUUUUUUAAUUUUAUUAUUUGUUGGAUUGAUAAAUGUCAAGUUUUCAAAACAUUUGGAAAAGAUUAACAAAAUGUGUAUAUUAUGGACAAUUUAUACAGUUUUGGCUAUUGAUGUUUUAUUGAUUUUUUUUGCAAAAAAGACAAAUUCUGUAAAAACUAUAUUGACUAAAUUUGAUAAUUCCAGAUCGGGUUGGCCGGAUCCAAUUGCUUUUAUUGUUGGUUUACAAAGUUCAUCUUUUACUUUGACAGGAUAUGGAAUGUUGUUUUCAAUCACAGAUGAAGUAAAAAAUCCUGAAAAAAAUAUGCCCAAGGGAGUCAUAAGCUCUAUAUUAAUGGCAUCAAUAGUUGGAAUAAUAUUCAUUGUACCGAUAUUGACUAUUUUACCAGAAUUAGAAUUAUUAUUAGAUCAAAAUUCAAACAUAAUGCCUAUUGAUUUGAUUUUCAAAUUAUCAACAGAAUCUUAUUUGAUCAGUUUUUUAAUGGCCGUAUUAAUGAUAGGUACAGUAAUUUUUCAAAGCAUUGGCUCGUUAACCACAGCGUCAAGAUCAACGUAUGCAUUAGCUAGAGAUGGUGGAUUACCAAUGGCUUACCUAUGGACAGAAAUUAAUUCGACUGAAGACUACAAAAUUCCAAGAAAUGCAAUAUUUUUAUCAAUGUUUGUGUGUGCAGUAUUAUCUUUUUUAUCCUUGAUUUCAAAAGCUGCUUUUAAUGCAUUUAUGGGAGCAGCGGUAGUUUCAUUAGCUGUUGCUAACGGUAUACCAAUUUUUCUAUUGAUGCUAAACAAGCGACAAAAGAUCAGAGGUUCAGCAUUUAGAUUAAGGAAAUUAGGAUGGUUUGUCAAUGGUGUAGCUGUAUUUUGGAUAUUACUAUCAAUUUUUAUAUUGUGUAUGCCACCAGUGAUAAGAAAUUUAACCUGGUGGAAAAUGAAUUAUGCUAGUGUUGUAUUAAUCGUAUUUUUACUAAUUGCCGGAUUGAGCUAUAUCAGCUGGGGAGAUAAAAUCUUCACUGGUCCUCAAAUCGAUACUGAUUAUUUUGAGUUGAAUAAUUUGGAAGCAGCCGGAAGAAAAAAUUUGGACAAUUUUGUUAUUGAUGAUGAUGAUGAUGAUGAUGAUGACGAUGAAGAAGAUGAAGAAGAAGAGGAAGAUGGAAAAACAAAAUCAAAUGAGACUGAGAUAGAUGACCGAAUAGUUUUAUCUCCGCCAAAAGCGAUAAAGAAAAAAGGAUAUGAACCUAUAAUUGAAAGUAGUUCCAACUCAAUGUCAAACAGCGUGCAAGGAAGAAGAGUAAUUGAAGAUUUAAAGCAGUCACUGCCUAACAGUGCUAAUGAUAAAACAAGUGAUGGUGAUGAUGAAAUCUCAACUGAAAGUGAGACAGAAAUAUUAUUCAACGCUGAUGAGGUGGAGAAAGGCUGA